CUAGUAGUAUCUGCCUUCUGAAUUCAAAGCAGAAAGGCACCAAAGAGAAAAAUUUGCAUACAGAACCUGCGCCAAGCUUCAACUCCAUGCGUGCAAACACAGCACUUCUUUUCUUUUCUUUUCUCUCUCUAAAUCCUCUUCGAUUCUCUCUCUCCAAUCCACCCCUUACUUAAUAUUCUCCUCUUCACCAGAUUCCCUCCUCGCCCACCCCACAACCCUUCAUUGCUUUCCAAGCCAAGAAUCUCUCAGAUUCCUCUCUUCCCCUCUUUUUCAACCACUAUUAACUCUUCUCCAAUGCCCCUUCUCUCUGUCAUUUUCAUUCCUCUCCUUCUCUCUCACUCUCACAACAUUGCCUUUUCAUUGUCAUGGCUCCUUCUUCAGAUGUUAAUCAUCUUUCUCAUCCUUGCAUAUACGGGGAUUAUAUUUCUCCACGCUCAGAGAGAAAGUCUGGUUUCAUGAAAUGGCUUUCUAAGCUUUUCAGAGGUGGGUCCAAUAGAGGAAGGGGUGGUCGUCAUCUGCAUGAGCCAGCAGAGGAAAGCAUGGUCUGGGGUGCUCCAUCUAGAGCGUUGGAUGACCGUGGUAGAGCUCAGAAGGAGAAAGAGGAUCUGGGCCAUGCAAUGGCACUUUCUUCAGCUGAAGAUUUAAAGAGACCAAAUGCCCAUCAAGGAUAUGGUUGGGGAGAAGACACUGGUGAUGAUUAUUCAAAGGCACUUCAGGAUACCCUUAACUCCUCUGCACACCCUCCAUAUGUAGCCCCUACACCAUUUUAUCCCCACGAAUAUAGAAGAAUAUGUGGUGGCUGCAACCAAGAGAUAAUCUAUGGAAAUUGUUUGGGCUGCAUGGAUACUUAUUUUCAUCCAAAUUGCUUUCGCUGCCACUCUUGUCGUUACCCCAUUACAGAGCGUGAGUUUUCAUUGUCAGGGAAGCAUCCAUAUCACAAGUCCUGUUUUAAAGAGUUGACUCACCCAAAAUGUGAAGUUUGCUUCCAAUUUAUUCCUAUAAAUUCUGCUGGUUUGAUUGAGUAUAGGUGCCACCCAUUUUGGUCCCAAAAGUAUUGUCCAUCUCAUGAAUAUGAUAACACAGCUCGUUGCUGUAGUUGUGAAAGACUGGAGCCACGGAACAUAAAAUACUAUAGACUAGAAGAUGGACGGAGUUUGUGUUUAGAGUGCAUGGAAUCUGCUAUAACAGAUACUGGUGAUUGCCAGCCCCUUUACCAUUCCAUCAGAGAUUACUAUGAAGGAAUGCAGAUGAGAAUAGAUCAGCAAAUUCCCAUGCUUCUCGUUGAAAGAGAAGCACUUAAUGAAGCUAUUGAAGGGGAAAAGAAUGGUUUUCACCACUUACCAGAAACAAGGGGUUUAUGUCUUUCAGAAGAGCAGACUGUCACCAGUAUACAUAGAAGGCCAAGAAUUGGAGGCCAUCGACUAAUAGGGAUGAGAACUCAACAUCAAAAAUUGAUUAGAAAAUGUGAAGUUACAGCAAUUCUUGUUCUAUACGGUCUUCCUAGGUUGCUCACAGGUGCUAUACUAGCCCACGAGUUGAUGCAUGCAUGGCUGCGCCUUAAAGGUUACCGCAACCUUAACCCCGAAGUAGAGGAAGGCAUUUGUCAGGUUCUUUCCUACAUGUGGCUUGAGUCAGAAGUAAUGCCUAGCUUUCAAGGCAUGCCAUCAACAUCCACCGCUUCUUCCUCCUCCUCCUCUUCCUCAAAGAAGGGUGCAAAGUCUCAUGUUGAAAAUAAAUUGGGUGAAUUUUUCAAAAAUCAGAUUGCCAAUGAUUCUUCCCCAGCUUAUGGUGGUGGCUUUAGAGCUGCUAAUGAAGCUGUUAAUAAAUAUGGUUUGCGUUGUACACUUGACCAUAUUCAAUUGACUGGUUUUUUCCCUGUGUAAUAAGAACGCAAGUUCUCUAAGUAUGGAUAGAAGUGCUUUUCAUUUUCUUUGGUUCUACAAGUGGAUGGACAAGGAUCGAUUCAAAGUAAAGAUAGAAGCUUGGACAACUUCUACUAUUUGGGUCCUAUGACUAUGAGGAUGUCCAAGUCUAAGUUUACUAAACAAAAAUAAAUGCAUGAUUGUUCGUAUUCAACAACUA